AUGCAGCGUGCACUAGUUGGGAACUUAUUGCAACGCCAGGUUCAAAUCAGCAGAAACCAAAUCACCAAAAAAGUGAUUAGAUCACAAUUACCAUGCGAUGUUUUUAUCAACCACAGAGGAAACGACACAAAGAGAACGAUAGCUUCAUUACUAUAUGAUCAUCUUACACGUUUAAGGAUUGGAUCAUUUUUAGACAACAAGAACAUGAAGCCAGGUGAUAAAUUGUUUGAGAAAAUUGACAGUGCCAUAAAAGAAUGCAAAGUUGGAGUUGCUGUGUUUUCUCCACGUUAUUGUGAUUCUUACUUUUGCCUUCACGAAUUGGCUCUCUUUGUCGAAUCAAAGAAGAAGGUGAUUCCCAUAUUUUGUGACGUUAAGCCUUCUCAGCUUCGUGCUGAGAACAAGCCAAAUCUUCCACUUCGACCCGAAGAAAUUGUGAGAUUUAAUUUAGAGAAUUGGUCGGAUGUAGUGACAAAAGCUGCUGAUGUUGUCAUUGAGAGCUUGAUAGAGAUUGAGGACGAGCAAACCAGAAAUCAAACUACUCAUAUAGUUUUCUGA